GACAUUUUUAUUAGCUUUAUCAAAAAAGAAAUGGAGGAGCCAUAGAACAUUAUGUUAAGAAUGAAUGCAGGAAGACCUGAGACCAUGGAAAACUUGCCUGCUCUUUAUACUAUCUUCCAAGGCGAGGUUGCUAUGGUAACAGACUAUGGAGCCUUUAUCAAAAUCCCAGGCUGUCGGAAACAAGGUCUUGUCCAUCGAACUCACAUGUCAUCCUGUCGAGUAGAGAAGCCUUCUGAAAUAGUAGAUGUCGGAGACAAAGUGUGGGUGAAGCUUAUUGGCCGAGAGAUGAAAAAUGAUAGGAUAAAAAUAUCCCUCUCCAUGAAAGUUGUCAACCAGGGAACUGGGAAAGACUUGGAUCCCAACAACGUUAUCAUUGACCAAGAAGAGAGGCGGAGACGGUCCUUCCAGGAUUACACUGGGCAGAAGAUCACCCUUGAGGCUGUCCUAAACACUACCUGCAAGAAGUGUGGCUGUAAAGGCCACUUUGCAAAGGAUUGCUUCAUGCAGCCAGGAGGGACCAAAUACUCUCUGAUACCUGAGGAGGAAGAGGAGAAAGAAGAGGCCCAGUCAGGAGAAUUUGAAAAGCCUGACCCCACAAAGAAUUCUUCUAGAAAAAGGAAGAAGGAAAAGAAGAAAAAGAAACACAGAGACAAGAAGUCGUCUGACUCUGACAGUUCAGACUCGGAGAGUGAUACAGGCAAGAAAGCGAAGCAUACACCGAAAGACAGCAAGACCGCAAAGAAGAAGAAAAAGAAGAAGAAGCACAAGAAGAAGCACAAAGAUUGA